ACGCAGGCAAAUCCCUAAAACCCUAAAUUACCACUGGAGCCGUAUAAAACCCCAUUCCGAUUCUCAGGCCGAUCACUCCGAUUUUGCUCACCUCCGAUUGCAAUCCAAUCAAAUUUACCAAAAUGGGUUUCAAGAGGAAGAAGAGCGAGAACGAAGAAGGAGACGAGCCGAAACCAGCGGCAGUGGAGACUGAGAAGAAGAGGAAGGGGAUACUCCCGUCGAUGAUAAAGAACAAGGACAAGAGAGCCGCCGUCCACGCCAAGCUCAAGCAGGAGAAGAAGCUCGAGAAGCGCAAGAAGGUCAAGGCCCGCGACGCCGCCGAGAAGCGAGCUCUCGAGCUCGGUGAAGAGCCUCCGGCGAGGGGAGUGCCGAAGACGAUUGAGAACACCAGGGAAGAGGAUGAAACUGUUUGCAGGCCUGACGAUGAAGAGUUGUUUGCUGGAAAUGAUGCGGAUGAGUUUAGUGCGGUUUUGAAGCAUGGAUCUAAUCCGAAGAUACUGAUCACCACUUGCCGAUUUAACUCUUCUAGGGGUCCUGCUUUUAUAGAGGAACUACUUUCGGUGAUCCCUAAUUCGACAUACUAUAAAAGAGGAACUUAUGACUUGAAAAAGAUUAUAGAAUAUGCAAAUAAAAAGGAAUUCACUUCUUUAAUUGUUGUUCAUACCAAUCGCCGUGAACCAGAUGCUCUCCUAAUAAUUGGCUUACCUAGUGGACCUACUGCUCAUUUUAAGCUCUCAAAGCUCGUUUUACGGAAGGAUAUCAAGAACCAUGGAAAUCCAACCACUCAUAAGCCUGAGCUUGUAUUAAACAACUUUACAACACGCCUUGGCCAUCGUAUUGGAAGAUUAAUACAGUCACUUUUCCCUCAAGAACCAAACUUUCGUGGUCGACGAGUUGUUACUUUCCACAACCAGCGAGAUUUUGUAUUCUUCCGGCAUCAUCGGUACAUUUUUGAAACCAAAGAGGUUAAACAAGCUGAAGCAAAGGGCAAAAAGACCAAGGAUUCCAAGGCUGCGACUAUUACUGAAGCAAAACCGAUUGCCCGCCUACAGGAAUGUGGUCCUCGUUUUACCCUUAAAUUGAUCAGUCUGCAGCAUGGGACAUUUGAUCCUAGAGGCGGGGAGUUUGAGUGGGUUCACAAGCCGGAGAUGGAUACUAGUAGGAGGAGGUUUUUUCUGUGAGUUGCUUUGGAAUAUCACUUGAGCUCUUCUUCUGGUGGAACGAGUGUUGGAAGUUAUAGAGUUGCUACAUCCUAGCAAGAAGUAAAUCGGCCAGAACAUUUUUCAUUUAUGUUAAGAUCUGCAUUCUGCUGUAAAAGAUUUUGUUAGGUUUCUGUAUUGAAUACAAGCAAAAGACUAGUUACUCUUGGAAUAUGAUUAUUGUUCAUUGUUUAUGAAAAUAUAUGUUCAAUCAUUUUGUCAUUUC